GAAAGAAAAUUUGUUGUCACGUAUAAUCGAACAUUCUGUUACGAAGAGCAGUCAAAGUGGUUGUCUCGUAACAUCAGUCAAUUACAAAUGAAAUUGUAAUUCGAUAUUAACAUAGAUCGUUUUAAUUUUUUAGUUCGUGCAAAGUUCGUGAAAUUUUUAACUCGAUUGAGGAGAGUGUGUAAAAAUCUAGACAAUAUUGUUUUAAAUCAAUCGGCAAUUAAACUCGUAACAAUACGAUACAAAAAAUUAUCUCUACGUAGAAGGCAAAUUGUAAAUUAUUGAUUUACGGUUUGGCUUGCACACGUGUGAUUUGUUUUAAGAUUAAACUUAAACAGAAUUCAUUUGGAAUAAAGAAGAAUGUUUUUUAUAAACGAAAGAAAGAAUCACAAUUAUGUGUCUUUUUCUUCGUUAGCGCCUUAUUGAUCAUAUUCCAUUAUAUACAAGAAGAUAAUAUCGUAAAAUUAAUCUUAUGCAUAACGUAAUCGUAUCGAAAAUCAAAUAUGAACGGAUUUAGCACAGGCGAAGAAGAUUCUAGGGGUGCAACGGAUCAAAUUUGUUGUCUCGUUGAUGAAGGUGAACGAUGUUCUCGUCCAGCUGGCAAUGCUUCUUACAGCAAAAGAAUACAAAAGACUGUAACCCAACGACGCCUCAAACUUAAUUUGGAUCAAAUGGCACGUCACAUAUAUAUUUGUGAUUAUCACAAACAAGUUAUACAAUGUGCGAGAUCUAAACAACAGCAACAACGUAGAAGAAAAGACUCGGAAGAAGAUUCAGGCGAAACUGAUAAUGAUCUUCCAGAAGUGGAUUUAUUCCAAUUACAAGUUAGUACUUUAAGGCGCUAUAAACGGCACUACAAAAUUUCUACUCGACCAGGCCUAAACAAAGCUCAAUUAGCUGAUACAAUUAUGAAACAUUUUAAGACUAUCCCUGUAAAUGAAAAAGAUGCCUUAAGUAUUUUCAUCUUCACAGUUAAAACUAAUGCUAAUAAAUUGGAUCAAAAGAACGGUUUAAGCAACGAUACAACGUAGCUGAGGAGAAAUAUUCACGAUCAAUCAUUAUUGUAAUAUUAGUAAAGAAGAAAAGCGUACAUGUGUGAGUUUUCACUUGUUAAUAAGUAUUUUAUAAGAGUUGUGUAUACUAUGUAUAAAAUUGUCUUUGGAAAAAGUA